UAUACUUGGCAAUGCUCCUUAACUGUCAAUGAUGCUAAAAAAUUGUCCUCGUUUGCGGCUUUAAAUAUAUAUUCGGUGUGCGUUUGCUCCCGUCGAACUGAAAUAAAGAAGAAACAAGAAAAAGAGUGACGAACAUUUUACUAUAAAAAAUUGAAAGUAAUUUGCAGGAUGUCGGAGUUACAAUCAUCUCUACUUUUAAAAAAGCAAUUAGCAGAACUAAACAAAAAUCCAGUUGAAGGCUUUUCGGCUGGUCUUAUUGAUGAAAAUGAUAUAUUUCGUUGGGAAGUGCUUAUAAUCGGACCACCUGAUACAUUAUAUGAAGGUGGGUUUUUUAAGGCACAACUUUAUUUCCCCAAAGAAUAUCCACUUCGACCUCCCAAGAUGAAGUUUGUAACAGAAAUUUGGCAUCCAAACAUUGAAAAAAACGGUGAUGUGUGUAUUUCAAUAUUGCAUGAACCAGGUGAUGAUAAAUGGGGUUAUGAGAAGGCGUCUGAACGCUGGCUUCCAGUUCACACAGUUGAAACAAUUUUGAUAUCUGUAAUAUCUAUGUUAGCGGAUCCAAAUGAUGAAUCCCCAGCAAAUGUAGAUGCUGCUAAAGAGUGGAGAGAGUCAUAUCCAGAAUUUAAGAAAAAAGUUGCUCGAUGCGUUAGAAAAAGUCAAGAAGAAUGCUCGUAGAAUAUUUAAUAAAUAAUUUCUUUGUAUUAAAUAAAUAAUACGUAACAAUUUCAA